GUGCACCGCAGCCUUCUCCCCGCGCCCCCCGCCCCCCAGCUUUGCAAUGCACGCGCCCCACUCAGAGCUGCUCCCCCCACUGCAGCCCCAUCGGAACUCUUAAAGGGCCAGGCGGGCUCCGGCUCUGCACCAGCAGCCGCUGCUGCAGGGCUCAGCAGCUGUAUCCAGGGAAGGUGAAAAAACAGUCACCACCCCCUCUGCAGAGGGCUCGGUAAGCAGCAGACGUACCACUGAGCGCCUGAAGGAGCGUAACACUGAACGAUGGAAGAUAUCCCACCAGGCGAUCUGGACACGGCUGCUGGUGGGGAUCAGAACAGCUCAGCGACAGUGUGUCUGCAUUUGUAUCCAGGCAUGCAGGACGAUGCCAAUCCAGAUCUUGACCAAGGCCUUGCUGCACAAACCGCAGGUGCUUCCCUGAAGCACUCGACCACCCUGACAGACAGACAGAGAGGCAACGAGGUCUCUGCCCUCCCAGCAACCCUCGACAGCAGGUACGUCCCUGAAGCACUCGACCACCCUGACAAACAGACAGAGAGGCAACGAGGUCUCUGCCCUCCCAGCAACCCUCGACAAUGUGAACAUCCCUGCAGGGCAGUGCUAGUGCAGAGGAACUUGAACGCAAAACGAGCCAAAGACAGUCAGUUUGUGGCUAACUGUGCAAAUGGAUGCCAAGCAGCAGCCCUGGUGGUAAAAGCUUUGUCCAUCCACCAGCUGGCUGCUCAGGGUGAACUCAGUCAGCUGAAAGAGUAUCUCCGAAAAGGGGAGAACUUGGUGAACAAGCCCGACGAGAGAGGCUUCACUCCUCUGAUCUGGGCCUCUGCCUUCGGGGAGAUUGAAACAGUCCGUCAUCUGCUAGACUGGGGUGCGGACCCCCACGUACUGGCCAAGGAGCGCGAGAGCGCGUUGUCGCUGGCCAGCACCGGAGGAUACACUGACAUAGUGACCAUGCUGCUGGAGAGAGACGUCGAUAUCAAUAUAUACGACUGGAACGGAGGCACCCCGUUGCUGUAUGCUGUGCGUGGCAACCACGUGAAAUGUGUCGAGGCUUUACUAGCUCGCGGUGCUGAUCUGACGACGGAAGCAGACUCCGGCUACACCCCCAUGGAUCUGGCCGUGGCCCUGGGACACAAGAAAGUUCAACAGGUUAUUGAGACCCACAUCCUCAAGCUGUUUCAGACCAAGAAACUGGAGUGAUGCUGGCUCGUGCUCCCUGGCUGAGAGAACCAGGGCUUUGCUGUCUCCGGAUGCUGCAUGGGAACAAGGUGGCCAGACACGCUGUCUCUUUCCAAGGGCUGACGCUCCUGCAGCAGAUCUGCGCUGCCACUGCCGAGCGAGCAGGUGUGGAGGGGGCUUUAGAAGCUGGGCUGGCAGGAAAUCCCUGAUGGAGGAGGAGCUGUUUACUCUCCAAGCAGGUGGCAAAGGAGAAGCCUCCCACACACAGCGAGACACUGAAUUGUCCAGGUAGCUGCAUUUCUGCUGCGAACAAGACUGCAAGCUGCCUCCCUCUUCCCCCUGUGUGUGUAUUAAAUAUUGCCUAAAGCA